GUGUGACGUCAGAUGAGGACGAACCGUCCACUGCUACAUCUCGUAUCAAAGGAAGUUUGUCCUCUGGAGCAUUUGAUGCCUCAGGACAAGCCGUUCGCAUCAUAGAUACACAUCUAGACCGUAUCCUUCGUAACCCCCACGCUGAGAAGUUGAGGCUCGUCGAAAUGAUCGCUGGGCUAACUAAUCUCGAACCCGAGAGGCUCGUAGGGGACACUUCACCCUUUCAAUCGAACUUGAAAUCGGGAUCCGUAUUAACCCUUUCCCAAGACUGUAAGUUGUGGUAUUCUAAAGAAACGAAGCUCACCAGUUGUCUCUCUAGGGUCGUAUAUAAGGGCGAUGUUCAACUCGCGGGUCCCAUUGCACUCUCUCGGGGACUUUCAGCGCUAUCAUUGUCACAAGAUAACUUUGAUUGGAGUGCGCUCAAGUCAGAAAUACACGGAACCACAUUUCUCCAUCUACUGGAGGACCAUUUGGGCAGCUACUUCGUCCUUUACACUGGUCCUCCUCUUCCUCUGUUUUCUCUAAAAUGGCAUCAGCUGGUCUCAGGUGGGACUCAUCUGGGCGACCAGAGGACUCCUCAGAUGAAACAGAUAGCCAGCAUUCCAUGGACUAGAUAUUAUUAUCUUCAGACUCUA